CUGCCCCCAAUCCCGCAUCCCGUUCUGUGGCCCUGCACCUCUGCGGCCUCUGCCGGUGCGGGCAUGCGGUUCCGGAUUCUUUAAUGUUGUGUCCUGCCCCCUUCUCCUGCAACCCUCCCUCUUUGGGUCUCUUCCUCUUCCUUAAAAAGGGUCAGGACCAAAGCUGAGAUCCGCAUCAGGACUUCGAAGUCCGGAGAUCUGGUGUACGGUAUCGGCCUUGGGAAAGACCGCAUACGCGCCAUAUUACCCCCAAGGAAAACCAAACGGAUGCCCAAAAUGUGAGGCCGGAAUGGGAACUCAUUCAUGAGAUGAGACUCCCGUUGCAACGGUCUCGCUUACCGGCCGCCGGUUGUGUGGAAACCCUUUGGAGCACUGGAAGGGCGGCCCCAUCUCUCCGCCAGUCCCGGAUACCCCGUUACGUUGGAUGCCCGUUUCUUUUGCGACCGUCCCGUCGCGGAUUUGGAUGCCGGCCAUGUUCUUGCCCUUUUCGUUUUCCCUUCUUGUCUCGGUCCGAAUGAGCCGCCCGUUUUCCCGAAGCCUCAGCCCGGAGUGGGGAUUUCCCAACAACACAACACACCUUACCCAGACAACCGGCCCCGGACCCAGCCCCGGACAGGCCUUCAGCCGGUUACCUCCGUGUCAUCUCCGGAGGCAGGUAUUAUAUCAUUACGUUUCGUCAGGUGAGUGACCAUCG